UCAGAAGCAGCACACCUCAUGUUAGCAGAGGAAGUGAGGGCAGGCAGGGCAUCAUCCAUCUUCUAAAGCAGCUGCAGCCAUCAGAGCAGAUCAGCACAAAGGAACAAACACAGACCAUCAUGGGAGCCGUUCUGGGACUGUGCUCCAUGGCGAGCUGGAUCCCGUGCCUGUGCGGCAGCGCCCCCUGCUUGCUGUGUCGAUGCUGCCCCAGUGGAAAUAAUUCCACAGUGACUCGUCUCAUCUACGCCUUCUUCCUGCUGCUGGGAGUGGGCAUCGCCUGUAUUAUGUUGAUGCCUGGAAUGGAGGGGCAGCUUAAGAAGAUUCCAGGUUUCUGUGAAGGAGGCAUGGGCUCGUCUAUUCCUGGUGUGGAGGGUCACAUCAACUGCGAUGUGCUAGUUGGUUACAAAGCAGUGUACCGUGUCUGCUUCGGCAUGGCCAUGUUCUUCCUGCUUUUCUCUCUGCUCAUGAUCAAAGUGAAGAGCAGCCAGGACCCUCGAGCUGCGCUCCACAACGGGUUUUGGUUCUUCAAGUUUGCAGCAGCUGUUGCCAUCACUAUUGGAUCAUUUUUCAUCUCAGAGGGUCCCUUCACUACCGUGUGGUUCUAUGUCGGCAUGGCUGGAGCUUUCUGCUUCAUCCUCAUCCAGCUGGUUUUACUCAUCGACUUUGCCCAUUCCUGGAAUGAAUCCUGGGUGGAGAAGAUGGAGGAAGGCAAUUCUCGCUGCUGGUAUGCAGCUCUGCUGUCGGUCACCACAAUGAACUACUUGUUGUCUCUGGUGUCUCUGGUCAUGUUCUACGUCUACUACACCCACUCUGAUGGAUGCACUGAAAACAAGGUCUUCAUCAGCAUCAACAUGCUCCUCUGCAUCGCUGCCUCCGUCUUGUCCAUCCUACCUCAGAUCCAGGAGUCCCAGCCCAGGUCUGGCCUGCUGCAGUCCUCCCUGGUUACCCUGUACACCAUGUACCUGACCUGGUCUGCCAUGACCAAUGAACCUGACAGGAAAUGUAACCCAAGCCUUCUGGGUAUUAUCGGGCUGAACAGCACUAGUCCUGCAGGUCAGGAUCGUGUGGUUCAGUGGUGGGAUGCCCAGGGGAUUGUGGGUCUGAUCCUGUUCCUCAUGUGUGUGCUGUACUCCAGUAUUCGUAACUCAUCCAACGCCCAGGUGAACAAGCUGACUCUGACCAGUGAUGAGUCAGCUCUCAUCGAGGACGGGCCUCAGACUGACAGCUUCGAGGAGGGCAGCGGUCUCAACAGAGCUGUGGACAACGAGAAGGACGGCGUCACCUACUCCUACUCCUUCUUCCACUUCAUGCUGUUCUUGGCUUCACUUUAUAUCAUGAUGACACUCACUAACUGGUACAGCCCCGACUCUAACUACGAGGCCAUGACCAGCAAGUGGCCAUCUGUGUGGGUGAAGAUCUCCUCCAGCUGGAUCUGCAUCGCUCUGUAUGUGUGGACACUGGUGGCUCCACUGGUCCUGGUCAACAGAGACUUUGACUGAAACACACACACACACACACACUGUCCCACAGCUCAUGCACACAUUAACGCUCUGCCUCACCUUGUAUUUUGUUUCAGCAAAGUAAGUCAGACAGUCGGUAAAUAACCCCGCAUCAGUCACUGCUGGAGGGGCCAGGCUGUGCUCAAAUUGACUUGAAAUAUUUCAGGGCUGUUUGGGUUUGGUGUAGUUGGUUGCUCGCUCUGUGUAGUCUGCUACAGGGUUCUGUUAAAGUGUGUCCUGUCCCAGCUCUGACUGCAGCCCGGUCUCCCUGGUGUCAUGUCAUAGUGAACAGUCAACAGCCUGUUGUGCUGGUUCCCCAUGCUGUUGUCAUUGUCAAUAUCCUGUGUAUUCCUCGUGGGUGGGUUUGUUUUCUUUCUCUAAAGACAGAGCUGCAUGCUUUUCCUUUCAGACUUGAUGUGACAAUAACAGUAGUUGUAUUUUAAGCUUUUAUAUGAUGAUGACGAUGAUGAUGAUGAUAAUGGCUUUGAUCAGUGCCCCCCUGUGGGCAGACUGUAGUAUUACAUAUGAAAAUGCUGUUACAUGUAAAAAAACAAAGGGAGAAACUUGUUUGAAUCUGCAUAGAUCAGGACUGCAGCUGUGGCACUGAGAGAUAAGAGCAAGAGAGCAAACUGUUGUUCACUAACUAGUACCAUCAGCAGGCAUGAGCAGUGCUGUGUAGCAUUGUGCAGGUGGUAUUAUAGUUAUCAUGUGUUAAAGCUCCAUCAGCUGUGUGUUUACUCCUGAGCACAUACACAACAAAUGUAUUCCUCUUUCUGUUGCUUCUGAUUUGUGUUGAAUUUUGACUUCAAGUGAAACUGAAAAACUUCUAACUUAUUUGGUAGUGUUAGCAUUAGCAUGUAGUUUAUCUGACUUGGCAGACAUGUUGUGGCUGUACAUGUGUUUGAUGGUCUCACCUGUGCUUUUAUUCUAAUAAGAUUUUUUUCUCUUGACAUGUAAAAGUAUAUUGUAACUCGUUUAAUAAAACUUGAUUCUGAUUCCUG